CAUGUCUCUCAGUUCAGGACAAGGAGUGCCAUCAAUCCGUGUGUCUGAUCGAUGCACAACGCGACUCACCCACACACUCAAUCAUGUCAUGCAGAUAGACACGAUAGAUGUACAUGUGGCAAAUCUACAUGAGUGCCUAUGUAUCGAUCCAUCUUGUCAGUCACAGCACACCCGGCAGGACGACCCACCGACACCCACCACAACUGAUGGACACACAGCAGACACAUGCAAACCCUCCGUGCGACUAUGUGUAUUCGAAUUCAUCCGCCACACCUCCUAUGUGCGCCAUUGUAUGCAUUGGGAAGAUUGUCCCGGUACCACCGGUCGACCCGAAGGCCUGCAUACAAUUGCACAACCAAUAAAGACAGAUGCGUAGACGACUUACGGCUUCCUCUCACCGUUCAGCACAAGAGUUGUGGUGACGAACACAACACACGACCAUCUGGAAAUGCCAUUCACGCAUACAGGCAUGCGCAUUGGCACACACUUUCUAACGCGGCCGUCGCUCACAGGAGUGUCUUUGUGUGAGGGUGUGCGGCGGCCAGUGCGGCAUAGAUGGCGAUCUCUGCCGUGUAGUGGGGGCACGUCAGCCGCCGGAACAGCACACCGGGGGGAUACUCCCGCCUCUCACCCACACGAGACCUCGCGCAAUACAGACGGGCUAAUGUGCGAUGACACCUAUGCUGACACACAGACACACAGACACACAGACAGACCGACACACAAGAACAGAGAGGACACGGUCUACCUGACGUCUGUGUCGGUCUGUUCGUCCACAUCCUUAUUCGCUCACUCCUGACUCACCUGAAUGACGUUUGCGGCACAGAAGAGUACAAUGGGCAAUGUGGCAACACGUCCCCCACUAGUGCUGUCGCUCACGGCCCUCACAAGGGCGAUCGGCGUCACUACAUAAAAGCUGACCACAUUGGAGUCACGUGUGGGAUCUCAUGCUACCGCUGCUGGUGGUUGUGCUGCUCACCUAAGUCCGACUAAAUAUGCGACCACAUGCAUUCGGCUGGACGGCUGAUCAUCCUUGUCCCGUCGCUCCCUGCCGCUGGUGCCGCCGAACAGGAUGCGCUGCUCUAGCAACCGCCGACCGAGAUGCGCCUCGUACAGCACAAGGGACACCAACGACGCACCUGACGGAUGGAUACGACACACACACACACACACACAGAAGUUCUUCGAUGCAUUGGCGCAAGGGUGGACGCCUUUGCUCCGCUGUGCUUACCAUUCACCGUUGUUGUGGCGGCCCAAACGACGCACACGGCAUUCCACACGACUCCCAGCAGAUAGAAAUGCCAGAACCAGCACUUUGGCACCCACAGGUCAUCAAGCCACACCCAUAUCCACUGCAAAAUGCCUCUGCCCGCCUCGCGUGUUCCCUUGGUCACGCGGCCCUCCCUCUGCAACGGUCCGUGAAGACUCCAGCGCCUCAGCGUCUGCGACCAGCAUGUGAGAAAGGCAAACACGGCACCGGCGAGAUAGUAGAAUAUGAUUGUGGCGUCAAGGAGCAGGGGCAGGGGUGCACGGAGGCCUGGCCAUGCUGGAUUCAUCCCAUCACACUGCAGCUCAUGAGAUCAACUGCAGAUCCAGACAGACACACACAUUCAUUCAUCUUUUGCACCUGCUUGUCUGACAUGUUGUUCACCGCCUAUUGACGAGUUCUCCUUUGCAGUUUCUCCCGUUUUCCC